CAGAUUGUCAAUAGCUCCUCACUCGUCGCGAUGUUUGUCUGUAUUUAGGUUUAAAGUAGAAUAAUAAACGUGCGUGUCUUUAUUGUGAAUUAUAUGGCUGUUUGGUAUUGAACCAGUUGGAACUUUAGUGUUCUUGAUGGUUUCCGGUGACGAUUUCAAUGGUGGUCGUUUACCGCGUAAAACUACUAGAUCUCCGAAUCGCAAAUCAAAGAAAGCUGAUGCAGAUGUAGCAAAAGGAUCAACGUUGCGAAAUGAUUCGCAACCUUCUGUCCACAAAAGAAACCUAUACGUGGUUUCCUUCCCCAUUAUUAUUCUUUUUAAUUUGAUGCGAUCCAUUUUAUAUCAGUUAUUUAUAAUUUUCAAAUAUUUGUAUUCGGCAUCGCAUCGCUUCAUUCAUAGGCCUCGUAAAAGUGGUGAGUGCAACUUAGAAGUGGUGGUGAAAGACGGUGUGGUGUCGACAGAAAUCGCGCACGGAGAGGAAAUGCCGUACACAAACAACGUAGGCCCCGGCGACCCCUUGCUCGCCAAGCAGAAGCAUCAUCAUCGCAAAGCUUUUGAAUACAUAUCGAAAGCCUUGAAGAUUGAUGAGGAGAAUGAAGGUCAGAAAGAGUUAGCAAUAGAACUAUAUAAAAAAGGAAUUUACGAAUUGGAGCGAGGCAUAGCAGUGGACUGUUGGGGAGGUCGCGGAGAUGCCUGGCAAAGAGCACAAAGGCUGCACGAUAAAAUGAAAACCAAUCUCGGCAUGGCAAAGGACCGUUUACAUUUCCUUGCCAACCUUGUCGCCCUCAGUAAGCUGGGGGUUGAGAGUGAGCCUGAGAGAAGUGAAAAAAAGCCUACGGAGUCGCCUCUUAAGGCAAGAAGGCUAGAGAAGUCCAAGACAACACUGCUAGCGCAUACAGAAAGUAACAGUGGUCAAACGAAGCCUCACAACGAAGUGGCCGGUCGUAAACUAACGACCGCCGGCAGAAGGACACAGAGCGGUAUGGGAGGACCGUUAAUGAAGUCACAGACCCUCCCGCGCUCAAUGGGACGGUCGUCUUCGCAGCCCAACAGCAGCAAUGGCAGUUAUAGCCGAUAUCCAGCUAAGCCAGCAUCUACACCACCCGCUGUUAAACGCCAAUUGUCUAGCGCGUAUCAGGUCCCAGUGAAUGGGUCGCCGGUGCGGCGAGCGGUGAGCGGCGGCUCGCAACGGGGCACGCCCACCAGAAGUAGAACUCCGCAGUCCUCGCUGUCCAUACGUGGCGUGGACCCCAAGCUGGUCCAGCUUAUACUGGACGAGAUCGUCGAAGGCGGGCCCAAGGUCCACUGGGAAGAUAUUUCGGGACAAGAGGCAGCAAAGCAAGCGUUGCAAGAGAUGGUGGUAUUACCAUCUUUGAGGCCGGAGUUAUUUACUGGACUACGAUCGCCCGCUAAAGGGUUAUUGUUAUUUGGACCCCCAGGAAAUGGUAAGACGUUAUUAGCGCGGUGCGUGGCAGCGGAAUGUUCAGCGACGUUCUUCUCCGUGUCGGCCGCGACCCUCACCAGUAAAUACGUUGGUGACGGAGAGAAAAUGGUGCGCGCCCUCUUUCAAGUAGCGAGGGAGUUACAGCCAUCAAUAAUAUUCGUCGACGAGGUAGACUCGUUGCUGUGCGAGCGGUCUACCGGAGAGCAUGAAGCGUCACGCCGGUUGAAGACGGAAUUCCUGGUGGAGUUCGACGGGCUACCCGCGGCGGGAGCAGACCGUCUCAUUGUGAUGGCAGCUACCAAUAGACCGCAGGAGCUAGAUGAAGCGGCUCUGAGGCGGUUCCCGAAGCGCGUGUACGUGACGCUGCCGGACGCGCGCACGCGCGGCGCGCUGGUGCGGCGCGUGCUGGCGCGCGGCGCGGCGGCGGCGGCGCUCAGCGACGACGAGCUGGCGCGCCUCGCCGCGCUCACCGACGGCUACUCGGGCAGCGACCUCACCGCGCUCUGUCGCGACGCCGCGCUCGGGCCCAUCAGAGAACUAGAUCCGGAGGAAGUGAAAUGCCUAGAUCUAUCGCUGGUGCGCAGCAUCACGUACCAGGAUUUCAUAGACGCGCUGAAGCGCAUCCGGCCGUCGGUGUCGCCGCACAGCCUCGCCGCGUACGAGAAGUGGUCCGUGCAGUACGGCGAGCUCGGCGUCUGAGACACCUCGGGGCAUAUACAGGUACUAAAUUUAACAAGGAAGGUGAGUCUAUUUUACGAAUGGGCAUCAGAGAGGACGCAAAAAA